UCGUUGUUUGAACGACGCAAGUUCUCAGAACCGGAAAUUGAGCUUACCGCCGACCUUGCCCUGCACAUCCUACGUUCCUACCCCUACACUAUGGUCAACCGAGACUCUGUCCCUCCUUUCAUCCACCCGAAAUAUCAGUAUUUCCAACGCAAAAAGUACCACAAUUUUAACAAGUGGGAGGUUCUGGAGGCGCUGCAAUCUCUCGUUGUCUAUAUGCUCCUGAGAAUUAUUGAGGGACGCCACGACUAUACUAACUUUGAUACUCAACUUCUGGCUUCAAUCAAUGCAAUAUGCCAGCAUUUCACCGCAAAAUUUGGUACGUUGAUCAGCUCUGAUGAACUUACGGGUCAAAUGAUCCCGUGGAAGGACUGGGUAUUUUUCGAAUCGCGCCGCCGAACUGCAACUGCUGUACUUAUUAUAAACGGCAUUCUGCAUGCACAAAUUACGGCACCGUCUUGGGCUAUGCCCGAGUAUUCUUCCUCGCCUGCACCGUCUCCAAUGAAGCUGUGGCAUGCCGAGAACGAGAUUGACUGGGCAGUUGACUAUGCAGAAUACCUCCAUACAAACGCUAUGCAUGGAAUGCUGAGAAACAGUGACCUUACUGAGUUG